ACCAGUGCAGUCUGAACUCCACUCUCCCGGCCACAUUCCCAGGUGCUCCGGGAAGGAUCACUUUUAGAUACCGAGAGGCUCGCGGGCUCCUCGGCUGGAGGGAUCCCUGAGCAAUCCCUAGCCCAGAGCCGUCUUAGGAUCGCUCUGAGCUGGAGACGGCUGCAAGAGUGCAUAUAGGACCCGCGCGGCCAGAGGCUCUUCGCCUCGGCAGAGCCCAACGCCGGCGCCCUCUGUGCCCAGGGCUGCUGCCUGCCAAGGAGGGACAGGCAGAGAGACGAACGUCGGGGGACCGAGGCUCCUAGAGGGCUGGCAAUCGUGUCGCUACCGCCAUGGGCAGCAAGACCCUGCCGGCUCCCGUGCCCAUCCACCCGUCGCUUCAGCUCACCAACUACUCGUUCCUGCAGGCUGUGAACGGGCUGCCAGCUGUGCCCUCGGAUCACCUGCCUAGUCUGUACGGCUUUAGUGCCCUGCACGCUGUGCACCUGCACCAGUGGACCCUGGGCUACCCUGCCGUACACCUGCCGCGCUCCUCUUUCUCCAAGGUGCCCGGCGCCGUGUCCAGCCUCGUGGACGCCCGCCUGCCAUUGCCCGCCUUCCCCUGGUUCCCGCACGUUAUCCAGCCCAAGCCUCAGGACGGGGGGGCUGGCGGGCCACCGCUCAAGGCCAAGCCGCGCUUCGACUUCGCCAACCUGGCCUUGGCCGCCACCCAGGAGGACCCGUCCAAGCUCGGCCACGCCGAGGGCCCUGGCUCUCCUCCACCCGGGCUCAGCGCCCUUCUCGACGUGAGCAAGCUGUCGCCAGAGAAGAAGCCCACCCGCGGCCGCCUGCCCUCCAAGACCAAGAAGGAGUUUGUCUGCAAAUUUUGCGGUCGUCACUUCACCAAGUCCUAUAACCUGCUGAUUCACGAGCGAACGCACACGGACGAGAGGCCCUACACUUGCGACAUUUGCCAUAAGGCCUUCAGGAGACAAGACCACCUCCGCGACCACAGGUAUAUACACUCCAAAGAGAAGCCCUUCAAGUGCCAGGAGUGCGGGAAGGGAUUUUGCCAGUCCAGGACUCUAGCCGUCCACAAGACGCUGCACACGCAAGUGAAGGAUCUCAAAGUCAACAAAAUCAAAUGCUGAAGGCCCGCGCCCACCAGGGCCCAUCGGCAGAACUCGGAGGAAGUAGCCUCCGCCCCUGGUCCCAGGCAAAAGCCCGAGACCCCUUAGCCUGGAGCAAAGAAAGGCUGUGCCAGCCACUAGCUGGCCGGGAGCGAAGGGCCAGGCUCUGCCUCCCUCUGACACUCACGCCCACGCUCCAGGGGGCUCCAAGGGGUGCUCGCAGCACCGACCGGACCGGCCUGGCCGCAGGCCUGUGGAUGUAGGGGCGGCGGCCAGUCCACUCCCGGCCUGGACUCAGAAACUUUGCUCCAAGAGGUGGAGCUCAAGGGUCGGCCGCCAGGCUCAAGCGGGAAAGGGCUUCGCUGCAGCCACCGCCGAAGCCUCUGGCUCCUCCCCCCAGUGUUACUGUCCAUUUUUCCAGAGUUCCGUUGUUGCUGCGUUACGUAGUUGCUGUUACAUGCUUGCAGCGUUACAUUGUUGCGGCAUUAUAUUACGUUACAAACUUUCUCUGUAAGUUUCCUUUUUGGGCAAAUUUCUCUUUUCCUUGCCCGAGUGUACCUAGAAGUGGUCCACAGAGAGCGGCUGGAGAAAGAAGCGAGGUUAGGGAGAGAGGAGAGGGUGCCGUGAGCUGCUCCAGAGCGCCCCCUUCCAAACUCAAGCGGCCCCAGGACCCAAGGGGAAGCUACACAGCAGGCUUGCAUUGGAACACCCCAACCAGCUCCACAACCUCCAACAAAACCCAUCAGAUUUGGAGGGCUGCCCUGUGGGUCCUGCAGUGGACUGGACCUCCCUUCUCCACCUCCCCGCUCGCCCAGCUGGGAACUCCCUCAGCUCUCGUCCUGGGAAUACUGGGGUCCUGGUCCAGGAAUCCAUGGACGUGGCCUGGGGGAGCCCGCGUAUGGAGCCUCUAAAAGAUGGAGGGACCGGUGAAAGUAAACCAAGCCGGCCCCACCCCCUUCUGCCCGGGACCGUCGGGAGGUGGCCAGGCGUGCCUGGGUUGGCACCAGGACAGAGCUCUUUCAUGGAAAACACCAACAGGCUUGUUAAUGUGUAUUAGUAUUAUUUGUUAAUUUUCCUAACAGUGUAAAAAGAAGUGUGAGAGAGAGGUCACGUUUUCUUGGUUUCUAUAAGGCCAGAGGAGAGCGGCGGCUGUGGGGCUGUCGGCACUUUAGGUUGAUGAUUGGGAAAAAGGACAUUUAUCACUGGAGUCUGGGCUGUUAUUGAUGUUUAAGAUAUAUUAAAAUAAAUGGUUAUUUUACAGGC